GCUCUUGGACCUAUUUGUGGGCCUGCUAUAAAUAGGGCCCCUCUGGCAACACAUGCAUGUCUAUGAUAGGAGGUUACAGAGAUUUCCUUCACAGACUCUGGCUCCAAAGUAACACUGACAACGUCUUAAUGGAGCUCCUGCAUGGACAGCAACAUUUAAUCUGAGCCUUGAUCUUGGAAAGCCGUGGAUGUGAAAGCAGAGUGGUUUUGUAGCGUGGGUAAUUUAUCUCAGUUAUCUUGGAUUGUACAUUUUUGGCGUACUACCUCAGUGGACAAUGACUUCUAGAAGGCCGAUGACUCGAUCUUUUUCUGGCAAUGGGAGGACAAGCAGCUUCAGUGAAGAGGAGGUUCCAUCUUCCAAUGGCCGCAAUACUUACCUCUCAAAUGUCAGGCCUGAAAACAGGAGCACAUUGUGCAGCGUUAUGGCUCAGCUGACUGAGGACAUACAGCCAUCUUUCGAGACUACCUUGAAAUCAAAGGCAGUCUCAGAAAACUGUAAUGUGAAAUUCACCUGUGUGGUAUCAGGUUACCCUGUUCCAGAGCUAAAAUGGUAUAAAGAUGAUAUGGAAAUGGAUCGCUACUGUGGACUCCCAAAAUAUGAAAUUCAUCGGAAUGGAAAAACCCAUACUCUUCAUAUUUACAACUGCACAUUAGAUGAUGCAGCCAUCUACCAAGUCUCAGCCAGCAACAGCAAAGGUAUUGUCUCCUGCUCUGGUGUUUUGGAGGUUGGCGCCAUGAAUGAGUUCAAGAUCCACCAGCGGUUCUUUGCUAAGCUGAAGCAAAAAGCAGAGAAGAAGAGAAAAGAUUUGGAGGAGCAGACAAAGAUGGAGAAUAAAGAAAAUGUUCAGAGAAAGAAACCACUGAUUAGCCCAGAACAUCCUCAAAGGAAACGGUCUGUCCCCCCACCAGAGGACAGGGUAGUAGCCAAGGAGUCUGAGGCUAUGGAGGAACUGGGAGCUACUGCAGAACCUAAUGGAAUCAGCUCAGGAGUCAAGGAAAUAGCCCCUUUGGCAUCCCUGGACAGAGGUCUGGAUGAUGAGAUGGCACAAUCAGAGGAGACCUUGGCCACUAAGAGAAUAAAAAUGUCAAAUGGUGUAGAUGCUGGGAUUAAUAUCAGCAGAAGCCAUAGUAUAGGGAGUGGAGGUGAAAACUGUUACGAUGGAGGAAUCAGUUUGGCACAGUUUUUGGCAGAGACUCUCCAGUCCCAGGCUGCUGAGGAGAAAGAGAAUUCAUCUCAAGCAGAAAAAGAUAAAGAGGUGGAUAAAGCUGUUGCCAGUGACAAUCAACAGCAAGAGAGGGAUCAAGAGGAGGUGCAAAGCAAAAGAGAAGAACAAGAAAAAGUAUUACAGAAAGAGUGUGAAAAAGAGAAAAGAAGAGAGGAAGAACUAGCCAUCAAAAGGGUGUCGCAUACAGUAGCCCAUGGCAAACAUGGUUCAGAAGGCAAACAUCACAGCAAAGGCCAUAAGGAUCAUGACCACCACAACAUCCAGACCUCCAUCUCCUCUGUGCUCCACUCAGUCAAAGACUUCUUCUUUGGCAAGAAUAAAAAAAUCUCUCAUGAUCACACAGAGAAUGAAGGGGCUGAUUUUGACCACUCAGUGGAGCCUCCUAAACCAGAAAUGCCACCAUCAUUUCAGCUCCAAACAGAGCAUAACCCAGAGGUUUCCAAACCUCUCACAGAGGAAGCUGUGCCGAUGGAAAUGGAUAAGCCCAGGGAGCUUUCAGAAACUACUGUGGCUACAGACCACCAGUCACUGUCAAUAGAGCCAGAUGCAUUUAAGUAUGAUGAAUAUGUACAACACACGGCCCUGCCACCAUCGCAUGAACUGCCACAAGAGAGUAAAGAGGAGUCCACAAGGCCGAGUGUGACAGGGGGUGGUUAUGCUGUGGAGGCCAUGGAGGUGUCUGUGGGGAUGGAGAGCAAUGGUGCAGGUGAAGAAAUGUCAUCGUCCAGGGUUCAAGUUCUCACUGAGGCUGAAGAGAAAGACUCUGAUGUGGUCGCAGUUAUCAAAGCAGUUCCCAUGAUCCAGAAAGAGCCAGAUUCACCACAGCUUAAUCACCACCCUGAGAGCGAUGAGUCUUUUCCACAGAAUGAGAAAUCUGUCUUGUCACAGAACCAAGGCCCAGCUGAUAAAGGGGAGACCCCCACUGCCAGCCUCAGCAGCUUGGGAGAAUGCUGGACUCUCCCUCAAAGUGUUAUCUCAGCAACAGACAACCACAGUCUUGGAGAAACGCCCACUGAAACUUUUCAAGAAGAGGAGAAACAAGGUGGGCCUGACAUGGAGGAGGGCUGUUCUUCACAUGAGUUAUGUGAGGACGAGAAAGCUGAAGUGAAAUCAAACAAGCAGGCAUUUUCAGGUAUAAAUGGAUCUGAAAUGACUAAAUUGUCAACAUCUUCUCUGGAAAGCCAAAUAAAGUCAUGCGAAUAUCAAACACCCGAUCAGGUGCUUUCCUUUCUUUCUGAUGUGGAAGCAUUCAGUGCAAAGGGAGAUCAUGUAAAAGAAGAGACCAAAUGUGCUUCACCGAUUCAGGAAAUGAAUGCAGGAUUUCCGCCCACUGCACUCCCUGAGAGUUUAGACAAGGCUGACCUAAAAAUGCACCAUAAACCCACUCAUUCUAGAUCACAGGAAAUUACAGAAGUCAACGAUGUUAGUGCAAUGCAGAGUUCAAGCACAGGUUUUACAAUAAGCGAGGGAAGAUGUGAACAAAACAAAGCGAUGAAUUCUGUUUUAGUGAAAGAAAUAGAGCGUGAUUUGUGUGACAGUCUACAAACACGUGAGCAAGCAUGUCUAGAACUAGAGCGCACUGAAGUGAGUUUACAGUUUGAAGCAGAGAUAGAAAAGAGGACUCCAGUGAACAUAGAGGAACCAGUUCAAAUAAAGAUAGCACAAAACAAUCUAACGGAGGAACACAACAAUACUGCAUCUCAAGACAUCAGUGAGAGUGGUUGGAGUGAUGAGCAUGCGUGGCCUUCAGAGAAUAUUCCAGCAAUCCAAAUAUCUACUACUGAAGACAUCACAGAUACUAAAUCAGCUGUGCCAGAUCUAAGCCAAAGUGAACAAUUUCUAAUCCCAAAAAUUGAAAUAAUGGAGCCUGAGCUCAAAGAGUCCACUCUGCCACUAACUAUUUUGGCCCUAGACAAACUGGAGCCAAGUAAUUUGCAAAAACAUGAUGCAACUCAUGUGCCUGACUUGCUGCCCACGCAGAAAGGUAUGCAAAAUGAUUAUCACAUUUCACCUACGGAUAAAGUAGAAGAAGUUGCUCAAUUACAUGACAAGACAGAAAAGCCACACGUGGAGAGGAGAGAAGAGCUCCCACAGAUGGGUUAUGCAUCAAUUCCUGUUAUAAAUGUUUCAUUUACUGAUGACAAGGAGGGUGAUGCAUGUGUAAACAACCAUGUCUCACACACACAGCAGGCUGUUGAAACUCCAAGGGGGCCUUUGUUUGUUGUGCCACCGAUUUCUGUCACUUGUCAUGAAAGUGAUCCAGUACUCAGCCUGCCCACUCACAGUAAGCAAACAGAAAUGGAAACUUCAGAUGACACGCAAAGGGGAACAAAGAAUGACAGUGACAAAAAUGAGGCUGUGAAGCCUGAAAGCACUCAAAACAGAAGGCAGGACCUUGAAGAAUCAAGUGUGAAAGAGACCACUUCCACUUUGCUAUUUGAAGCUCUGAAACCAAAAGUUGGUGACACUGUUCCAUUAUUCAGCAAAACAACAGUGGACAUAAUUGUUCCUGAAAUCUUGAAACCCAAAUCCAUAAAAGAUGUCAAGACAGAGAAUUCAGUGUCUGUUGAUGAUCCCCAGAAAAACAGAUUUUCCGUUGAGAGACUCAGCUCAAAACCCCCGACGAGUCCCGCAAGUCUUCGCAAAUUAAUGUCCAAAGCUGCUCCAGACUCAGACAAUGAGGCUGCAACAACUGAAGAUCUAAGCGGAGGAUCAACCCCAACAUCGUCUCUUUCCUGUGAAAGCAGCCCCCGAAUGAAGCGCAGAGACAGUCUAACACUCAUACGGUCUGCCACGCCUGAGGAGUUGGCCUCUGGAGCCCGCCGCAAAAUUUUCAUCCCAAAACCUAAAGAAGAUGUAGAGGGGACACCGGUUGGUGUGCUAGAUACUCAAGGGAAGAAGGAGACCCCUUACAUGUCACCCAGCCAGGCCCGCAGGGCAUCAUUACUACAGGCUCAAAAAACCCCACCAAUUGAGAGACGCUCUCCGCUGCUGAAUCGCAGAAAGUCCACCUUGGAGGUACCCAAAGUGGUGGGGGAGACUCCCACAGAGGAGCCAGCUGGCACUAAACGAGAGGAGAAACCUGCUGAAAAGAAGACUGACCCUUUGAAAGCCCCGCAGGUUAUCCGUAAGAUCCGAGGAGAGCCAUUUCCAGAUGCCUCUGGACACCUGAAGCUUUGGUGCCAGUUUUUCAACGUGCUCAGCGACUCCACCAUUAAGUGGUACAGAGAUGAAGAGGAAAUUCUAGAGGUGAAGAGAAGCGGAGGAGAUGAAAGUCAAGUAGCACUGGCAAUUGUUCUGGCAUCCAGUCAAGAUUGUGGUGUAUACGGCUGCACGAUCACUAAUGAAUAUGGGAUCGAUACAACCGACUUCCUCCUCAGUAUAGACAUUAUGUCUGAAAUACUACUAAAAGAUGAUCUGGAAGUUGGAGAAGAGAUAGAAAUGACCGCACUGCUGUUCACCAAAGGCUUGGCUGAUUGCGGCACUUGGGGUGACAAGUAUUUUGGCCGCAUCAUGACUGAGACAGUGCACCUUGGGGAGGGCUGCAUGCACAAAGCCAGCAGGGUGAAGGUCAUUUAUGGCCUGGAUCCUGUUUUUGAGUCUGGAAGCACUUGCAUUAUUAAAGUUCAAAGCCCCAUUGCUUAUGGGACCAAACAGGAGAGCAACCUUGCAGAGAGAAAUCUAGAAAUUACUAAGCAUGAAUGCAAAGUCCAAAACAUGAUUCGGGAAUACUGUAAAAUCUUCUCAGCUGAAACGAGAGUUAUUGAAAACUUUGGCCUGUCAUUAGAAGUGAUUCCUCGAUAUUUGAUGUACCGGCCUGCAAAUUCUGUGCCCUAUGCCACAGUGGAGGCUGAUCUUACUGGCUUAUUCCUUAAUUAUUGCACGAUGGAUAAUAAAGGCAAACUGACUGUACAACAGAUUUCUGAGACAGAGCAGAAAUGCUGCAGCUUCCAGCACUGGAUCCAUCAGUGGACACAUGGCAAUUUGUUGGUCACUCAGCUCGCAGGUGUUGAAACAAAACUUACAAAUGUGAGGGUUGUCACCAAAUCAAAAGGAUACCAAGGAUUAACUGAGUGUGGCUCCCCUGAGGUAUUCGACCAGUUCCUGACACUCCAUCAGUGCAACUAUUACUGUGGGCUCCUUGGGCUGCGCCCGCUUAAGACUAUGGACAGUUUGCAGCAGCCCGCCAAGGCAAAGGGCUCUAGAAGCCCUCUGCUCAACCGCAAACUGGGGUCUACCAGUCCACAGCCACAGCGAAAAGGAAACAGCCCUCAAAUGUCUAGAAAGGCAAAUUCUAGCCCAAAGGUGACUAGAAAGGUUCAGGAGACAGAGGACAAUAAAUCAAGUGUGAAACCCAAGCCUGCAGAAACUACUGAUGCGGUUGAAAAAAGAGGAGAGGAAGCACUGGGCCAUAUUAAAUUUGACAUAACAUUUCUAAAAAAUCUUUAAACACCCGCCUCAGAGUAUUAUCAGCUCUAUGAGUGGACAAACAACUCUCCAAGCAACAUUUGCCGAAUAAGCCGACAAGAGAUGUCAGCAUUUAAGUGUUUUCAUUUCAAGAAAUGUCGUGUAUAAAAUGCACAUGGCCACAGUGCCACAAUGGGCGUAUGUAUUAUUAGCAAUCGAGAAUGUAUUAUGGGUAAAUGCUGCAUGUUCGCAUCAUGUACAGAAGGUGUGUUGAUGUCAUUUAUGAGAUAAUAUUUAUUGUUAGCAUUAAAACUUUCUUCACAGUAUUUCUUUACACAGCAAAGUUGAGCUCAUGCUGUGGAAUAACAGCACCAUUUUUAGGUAAAAAAAAAAAAAAAAGAAAGAAAAAAAUUUUAGUGUGCACUUUUUUCUGUUUUUUUCUUUUUUCCCCCCAAUCAAUAUUGUAGAAUUUAUACAGCUGAGUAUGAGUUGCAAAACUGUAUUUUAAAGCAACUGAAGGGAUUAUCCCAAAGAGGAGAGUCGUUUUGGCAGUUUAUCUUUGGUCAGUAGAAAGCAGGAACUUUAUUAACCAUUUAAUUCUUAUGUUAUGCAAAGUCACCAGAGACAUUUGGAAAAGAUAAGCAUGAAAACCUUCUCAGUUAUCUCAUGAAGUUUGUGUUAUUGGUUAACAGAGGUUGGUUUUCUCUCACAAAUAACACAGAAUCUGUGUGAAGAGCAAGCUUUGUGAAUUUCUGUCUCUAUUAUUUCUUAAUAAAUGUCUGUAAAAGAGUCCAAACAGCCGCUCGUAAAUUUCAGCUGCUGCCACUUGUGAAUUGACUAACUGCAUGAAGCCUUAUAAAUGAAGGAAAAAUACCAAAGUAUUUAAACUGAAUAUUUGAAAUAACAAAAUAAGGUGAUGAUGUUGCAUUGUUUUCAUGUGUACAUAAAGUAAAUGGACUAAAUAUCCAAAGUAGCGUGAAGAACAAUAAUAAUUGAAUGAGGGAGCGUGUGAGUGACUGAGUAAAGGAAUAAAUGUUUGAUUACAAUGUGCACAGUCUUUGUCACACUAUGUCUGCUUUUUGUAAAUAAAUACUUAUGUAAAAUAUGUUCAAUUGUGAUUUUUUAAAGUAUAUUUGUCUAAAGAUCAUAAACAUGAUAAAAUUAAGGAGCUUUUCAGUUUUAUUUAGAAUAUUUA